UUUAAAUAGGGAUGUCUAGCGUUUACCGGUUUACGUUUGGUUGCUUCAUUCCUGUGUUGGCGGGCAGUGGGCGUGUGUGCAAGGGCCUUUAGGUGACUAUUUUUACUUGUGGCAACAUUAUAGUUAUUGAUGUAUGCAGUGGGCGGGAGGGUGAAUUUUCCUUCUUUUUCCCCGCGCAGUUUGGGUGCGCGACGGGUUUGAAAUAUACGUAGUUACAAAUAGAAAAUAUUUGCUGAAUUUAUUUAAAUCUAUAUACGGGCAAUAUACGCCAUUCAUCAUGACUAUAUUAACGAAGCCGAAUGCUUUCAUCCAAAUAAAGAAGGACAUGACAAAAUGUCCCGUGGCCGACGAAACUAUUUUAGUGGAGGAGGAGAAGGUGGAAACCUACACCCCUAAGCCGGCCCCAUGCGGCGGCGUGAGCGUGGGGCUGAUGGUGAUCCUCCUCUCCGUGGUGGGGAUCUACUCUGGGAUGUACCUGUUCCGGCGCUGCCUGCAGCCGCAGCCGCGUUAUCAGGGCUUCUGCUCCAUCCCUAUUGAUACCAAGCAGUUGCAGGAGUCAGCCCUGAUCGAGCCGAACUACCGCAUGCUCCCCAUCCGCUGGUCGUCCUCCCCCGACCCCGACGUGCAGAUAUUCGCGCCCGACGACUCCGCCGCCAACGACGUCGCCAACUUCCUCCGCGAGGAGCUGGACAUCGGCGACGAGGUGGAGAAGAUCACCGUCUUCGAUAAUGGACGGCAGACCAGCUUCAUUCACGACUUUGGCGCUAACUUUACUGGCAUUGUGGACACCGACCGCUGCUUCACCAUGGAGCUCGACCCUCAACUGGUCCUGGCUCCUGAAGCCUUCGUGCUGAGCAUCCAGCAGGGCGGCGACUUCGACGUGACCCGAGUGCGCUCCACGCUCCGCGCGCUGCUACCUGCUCUGCCGCGCCGAAUCCUGCCGGAACUGUGCCGCGCUAAGCCCGUCUACCGUCUGCAGAGCUCCGAGACAACCAUCCGCAAACGCUCCGUGGAGCCGCCGGCCGACUACGUGCAGUUCUCCGGUCGCCACAUCCACGAGAUCGAGAUCGAGAACCUCAACGAACUCAUUCAGAACGAGAAGGAGAACUAAACUCUCCCGCGGCGUCAGCGGAGUCCGACAGGAAUGUAAGUUCACACGAUACGAAACAGUUGAUUAAUUUAUUUUUCAUGCUUAGAAUCGGACUGAGCUAACUCCACACAAACUUUGCAAGUAAGUAUCGUCAAAUUUCUAUGAAAAUAUGUGGGGACAAUUACAUUACAAGGCUUUGCGGGAGAUCUUAGAUUUACAUGAAUGUCCGUCAAUAGAGAUCUCAAAAAUUCUGAUAUAAACCCAGAGACGACCCAAAAACACUCUGGAGAGCUGACCCCAAAAUAUAAAAAGGUAUAAGACCUGAAAAAGAAGAAGAAUAAGGUUUAGACAGUUAUAAACUUUGACAUGCAAACAUGGGUGCAGAGUUAGCUUGUUCCGAUUAUACUAAAAUGACAAUUUGAUGGUGACAAUUUUUCCAACGGACCUGUCAAUAAAGGUACAGGUCCAUAAUAAUUUGGUAGUAAUUGAACUGUCAUUAUAGAUUUAGGUGGGAUAGAAAUAAUAAAAUAGCAAAAAAUAGGGUUGGUUACAGAAAUCAGUGGCUAGGCGUUUACAAAAGUCGAUUCUGGCAAGACACAUUUGAAUAUUAAUCUAGACCUAAAGAAUCUAAAGCUGCUAGCAUUAAAGUUAACAACAGAGCUAAGCUCUUACCUUACAAAAUUAUGAUCAGAUUUCAUUAGUGAAAGAUAUUCAGUAAAGGAUGUUGCUGGUUUGUUACUUAUUCCCAUUUCCAAACCAGUUCAUCCUGUAAGAUUUAAGAAAUUUAAAAACAUUGAAAGGGGUCUUGGCAUUGAAUGAAGCACCUGAUUUUCCUGGUGCGGUAUAAAAGUGAUUGGAUUUAGAGAAGAGGAUAAGAAAAGUUGGAAAAUUAAGCAAAAAUCUGGUUUUAUUUCUCAUUGAAAAUCUAUAACUAUGUCCGAGACGGAGAUAACAAUGUGCUUAGGGAAAACAGAAACUUUCUGUUCACAAUUGCUAGAGAGGAAAGGAGAUUUAAAGUAAACAAGAAUCUCAAAAGUAUGAUGGUCAACUUAUAUUUUUAAUAACAAAUAGGUGGUUGAUUGAAUAACAUUAUGAAUCAGAUGACAAAAGGAAAAGUGUCAAAAAUACCACAGCUUUUGCAAUUAAAACAUUCUGUUUGUAAAAUAUAAAGUUCCAUUGUCUACAAAGUUGGCUGACGAAUCGUGAAUCUUAUUACAAAGACAUAAGAUCUACAGAUGGUCAGUUAACUGUCGCUCUUAGUUCAGAUCAGUAUUCUGUCUGUUGCUGUGGGAAAUCAGAUGUGUGACUCCUAAAUCAGACUUGGCAAACAUCUAGCGUCGAAUGACACGUCUAAUUUCCGUCAUCUUCACCAGAAAGUCAUGUCUGAACUUUCUGCAAAUAGCAAAAUUUUGUUAGUUUCUACGAGGUUGUGAGCGCUCACCACGACUUAAGUAACGCUCAGCAAGAUAAAGAAAACGCAAAGAUGUUUGUUAUGAAGAGCGCUUAACAAAUAACAAUAACGGGAAAAUAUACAAGAUGUUUGAGAAAAAAGUUUUAAAGAAGGUCGUACAAGUUUCAAAAUCUCCGUCUUCCAAUGAAUUUAAUCAAGAUUUACUGAUGUAAAAUCUAAAUUGAUGUGUGGCGGCAUUACAUACAUUUUUCUGGGGAAAAACAUUCAUAUUCAGUUUGUCCUUUUUGUGUGGUUUAACAACUUCGCACACUGGUCCAUUUAACGCACAAAAAGGAUACUACGGAUUUGUGGAAUUACGAUUAAUAUGCGUUGAAAUUUAACUAUGCUGAAACCAAGUUUUAAUCUGGAUGGAAAUGAAAAGUUUAGGAACGAAGCACAAAAUCUCUCUGGGGAAUUAGGAUAGGGCAAACAAAUAUUUAUAAAGUAAGAUGUUCUAAAUGUUAUCAUCUUAGAAAGACCCAAUGAAAUCAGGUCACUAACUGGCAUGGUUUACUAAUUAAUAUGCAGCGUUGCGUAGUAAUGGUUUAGAGGGUGAUCACAGAUUCUGAUCAAUAAUGUAAACUUAGAAUUAAGAUGGUUGUAUUUGAUGGUACUCUUAUCGGUAUGAGUCGUGUUGGAUUCCACUGACGUCACAUUCCGAUUCUAGCAAUUAAGUCUACCUUAGAAGAUGGAUUGAAGAUCGAAAGAAAGUAUUUCUCCUCUUUUGAGGAUCAACAUUCCAUUUUCAUCUUCAAACCAUAUUCUGACGAAAUAAAAUGAAUUAUUUAGAAAUAGUCCAAUUUAAAUUAUAAAAUCGAUAAGCACUUAUAUUUCCAAAGUACUUCGACACGACUUUAGUUUUAAGAACACAUCACGGAAUAUAGCCAAAGAUUCAUAUUAACUGUGUGAUAGAUAUACAUCUCAUAGCUCACGGUAUAGUCGAGAUAUAAAGAUAAACAAUAUAUAAUGCAAUAGUUGUAAGAUUAGUUAAGUUCAAUGGUAAAUGUGCCAUAGUGUUACGAGCACGCUAAAUGUAUUCGUCUUUUAAACGCAAUGAGUAUAAUCGCUUCUAAAAUCAUGGACUUUUGAGGAGCUUGGACAACAAACUGAGUUUAGAUUUGACAAAAAUUCAGAGCGGAGUGUAAACCAUCUAGGAUACAAGAUCACACGGCAGUGAGAAAUUUUUAAAGGCAAGGAUUUCUACUGUAUCCAGGAUCGUUUAGCUUCGGUAUAUGAGUUCGCGUCCGUGGUUCAUACGUUCGAAGGCAAGUACUCUGCAUAACAUCAAAUUUGAACGGUUGAACUACGUCCGCUUACCCGAAACUGGGCGCCAUUUGCGAUAUUUCAAUGAACAGCGAGGUCUUUUAGAUUGUUCAUCAGGAGGACAUGGUUUCAAGCCUUCGUAGUUUUUGUAUAGAAAUAUGCCAGUCGCGUCCAGUGUUCGGAACACGGACUCGAUAUUUCGUGGUUCUUGUCUCGGGCCAUGGGAUAUUAACUUUGUGUUCUUGUACGGGAACUAUUAUUUGGGACGACAUUCUAUAUUUAGUGGUCCUUUUGGAACUGAUUCACGACUUUAGUGUUCUUAUUUUAAAGCACCAGUUUUCCAAAUCCAAACACCUUUGGAAUUUCGUGAGUUAAUUUUAUUUUAUUGCUUUUGUGAAUUUCUUUUUGACCAUAAUAUUACAGCUAAUGUUUUUAAAAGUUUGGGUUAGAACGCCGCGCGGCCCGUGAUAUCAAUAACAUGUAAUAUCGUUAUACUUUUUUUUAAUUUUUAAUAAAUAAGAAAACAAAGUAGUUAGGGAUAGUUCUCGGCCACUAAGUGUUCUAUGUGAGUGUUCCUUAAUUUGUUUUUAUUUCUUUACCUGAACAUCAUUUCAAUAUCCACCAGUACUUGGCCACUGCUGGGUAUUUUAUACAGUGUUCGGAUUUUCAAUGGAACAUGAGUUCAAAUAUUUCGAUUUGUAAGUUCAAAAGCAGGGGCGAAAUAUUUAACAAAAAGUGUUCCCGUCGACCUAAAAUACCUCAUUAUGUAGUUAUAGUAAAUGAAGCAUUUAAGGUCGAGAAACUGUGAAUUUUUAAAUUCUAAAUCCAUUUUGCGGUGUUUAUUUUUCUUUUAAGCGCAUAUUUUAAGAAGCGAUUUACUGGUUGCAUUUGAAAGCGUAUUGGUUAGUGUGGACACGGUCUAAAUCGUUGGCUACUACCGCCACCUAGUGGCGUGAGUUUUGCGUAUGUUGCUUGAUGUGAAGCUUGCAGCCGUUGUAGUUCCUGAGGGCAACGAUAGGUGGCGCUGCAAGCGAACCAGAUUUAGCCCCUUUCACGCUAACGACUCAAUUAUUAAUAAUUAUUAUAGGUAUACCAACAAUAGCAUAAUUAUUGACGUACAUUAUAUAACUAGGGAUGUUUCCACUCGCCUAUUUUUAUUAGAGUAUAGUUAUUUGUGAUAGACUUCCGUUCAUCGUACCAUACCACGUUGACCUACUCGGGCACCCUGUAUUAGAUUUUAGUUCUCAUGUCGAAUAUUUGGUUCUGAUCUGAAAGUUUUGCCUGAAUAAAUAUUGCAAAUGUCAGUGGUGUUAUUUUUAGGUCAUAAGCUGUGCAAUGUGCAUUCUUACUAAUAAAAUAAAUAAAAGUAA